ACUUAUUUCAGUUUCGAGUCAACUCAUCUCCAUUUCCAUAGUCUUUCAAGAUCUGUCUUCUCAAAUUAUUCGAUUUAGGCAGCUAAAAUUCAAAAGUUUCGUGCUGCAAUCAGGUAUGGAUGUGAAUGAUUUGACGCCGAUGAGGUUCAUCUUAGGGAGAAAGUCAUCGUUUGCUCCGGAUCUUCAAAUCUCCGAAGAUGACUACGAACAAGUAAGUGUGGAGGAAGAUGAUAUUAAUCCCAAUGUGAAGCUCAUGUAUAUGGCAAGCGAGGGCGAUUUGGAGGGAAUUCAGGAGCUCGUAGAUUUUGAGGCCGAUUUGGAUCCCAAUUUCCAGGAUAUCGAUGGUCGGACUGCCUUGCAUGUUGCGGCGUGCCAGGGUUUUAGCGAUGUCGCCGAAUUGCUUCUCAAAAAAGGAGCCCAUGUUGACCCCAAGGAUCGAUGGGGAAGCACGCCUCUUGCUGAUGCCAUGCACUAUAAAAACCAUGAUGUGAUAAAACUUUUGGAGAAUUAUGGCGCAAAGCCUCAGGCGAUAUCCAUGCAUGUAAGAAAUGCUCGUCAAAUCCCAGAAUAUGAAAUUGAUCCAAAGGAACUUGACUUCACAAAUAGUGUUGAUUUAACAAAGGGAACUUUCUGUGUUGCAUCAUGGCGUGGAAUUCAAGUUGCUGUAAAGAAGUUUGAGGAUUUUUCUGAUGAGGAUAAAGUGAAGGCUUUCAGAGAUGAGCUUGAAUUACUUCAGAAGAUACGCCAUCCAAACGUGGUUCAAUUCUUGGGUGCUGUCACUCAGAGUAGUCCUAUGAUGAUUGUAACAGAAUAUCUGCCCCAGGGUGACCUCCGCGCAUUCAUGAAGCUUAAAGGAGCUCUAAAAGUGACGACAGCUGUUAGAUUUGCACUUGAUAUUGCCAGGGGAAUGAACUACUUGCACGAGCGUAAACCAGAAGCAAUUAUUCAUCGUGAUCUCGAGCCUUCGAAUAUUUUACUAGAUGACUCUGGACAUUUGAAGGUUGCAGACUUUGGAGUUAGCAAGUUAUUACGAGUCACAAGGACAGUAAAAGAAGAUAAGCCUUUGGCUUGUCAUGAAACCUCCUGUAGAUACCUGGCUCCAGAAGUUUUCAGAAAUGAAGAAUAUGAUAAUAAAGUAGAUGUUUUCUCAUUUGCUCUAAUAUUACAAGAGAUGAUUGAAGGCUUCCCUCCAUUUACUGACAAACCAGACGAUGAAGUUCCUAAUGUUUAUGCAUCAAAAGAACGCCCUAAAUUUAAGGCUCCAGCUAAGAAUUAUUCACAUGGACUCAGAGAGUUGAUUGAGGAAUGCUGGAAUGAGAACCCAGCCAAGAGACCUGCAUUUGAGAAAAUCAUCCUUAAAUUGGAAAGCAUUCAGAAAAGCAUUGGUCACAAGAGGACUUGGAAGGUUAGAACCUUGAAAUGCUUUUAUCAGGACAAUGGAAGCAUGAGUAGUAGGAGCCAUUGAUCUCAUUCAACCUGAACCUUGUAUUGAGACCCUUGUUUCCACUAUUCUUUCUCCAACAUGAUAGUAAUGCAUAUUAAGAGCUUGUUUGAUUUAGGUUUAUUUGAAAAAAGUAACGAAAACAUGAUUAAAUGACUAAAAUAUCAUUUGUAUUUAAUAUUUUAAAAUGUUCUAAAAGUUAAAUAAAGGGUCUAGUUGAUGUUUUA